AUGAUCAGUGGUUAUGUUUUCAAGAACAAGCUGUUAUGUGCAGAAGCCUUGCAGACAAAGCCACCCGAUGUCCUCUUUCGCGUCGCGGGUGCUGUCCAUCGCGUCGAUAAGAACCAGGCUCUCUCGUUAGUCGGAGACGCUGCCCUGUACGCAGUAUUGGCCAAGAUGUUUUACCAGGCGCGUGACAACCGCGGCAAGCGUCACACCCUUUUGUCUUGGGAUAAGAUGAAGCCUGAUUUGUUCAGCAAUAUGAAACUCGCUGAUCGUGGCUUCAGCCUCGGGCUGGAUCGAGUCAUAAUCACUAGUCGCGCAGGACGGGCCGGGGUGUCUCCAAACACGGUGGCAGAUGUGCUCGAGGCCAUUAUUGGAGCUAUCUACAUGGACGCCGAAAAUAAUUCAAGUGAGGCUGUUGCCCACGCACUUCAGCACAUGGGGUUCUUGGACCACCCCUUAUUCGCUGGGACAUCCGUUGUCCAGCCCAUCCUACCAUCCUUGCCUGAUUCUUCUCGAUAUUUGUUUCGUAAGAUUGGAAAGACUGUGUCAGAGAAGACGAGCAAGCCCAGAGGCUCUCUGGAUAGUUCCAAGGAUAAGGAUAAACUUGAAUCUUCCCGUAGGAAAGUUUUAGAAAAUACACUGAAAAGACCAGAUAAUAUAUAUGAUCAAAGCGAAGGGUCAAGGAGAGCUAUUCGAGAUGAGCUACGUGGAGGAAGCCAGCCACAACAGACUCAGCAAACACUACAAAGUCGUUCAAGCCAUGAGCAUGUGGGCAGGGAGACGUACCGCAAUGCCGGCAUUGGGAACAUCGUCACAGUCACAACGACCACGACCACGACCACGACAACAACCACUACGACCCGCCCACGCGGUUCUACCACCGUGGAGCAGCCUCCGCGAAAAGGCACUCAAAAGCUCCAUUGA